GCAGGCCGCGGCCGGAAGCGGCGGGAGCCGGGCAGCUCUGGGAGGCAGAAAAACAUCAUCUAUGUAUUAGAAGCCUGGGAAACUUACAUGACAAGAAUGGUGCUUCCACUAUGGGAAAUGUGCCUUUACCUGUUUCUUUCAUUUGGCUUUCACUUUUACUCUUUCUAUGAAGUGUACAAAGUUUCCAGAGAGUAUGAAGAAGAACUUGACAGAGAAUUUGAAUUGGAGAAAAAUGCUCUGUUUUGGGGACUUAAAAAGGAUCCCACAGACUUUGAAUGGAGUUUCUGGAUGGAAUGGGGAAAGGGAUGUAUACUGUGGCUUCUGUUUGGCCAUCUAGCAGUAUCACAGAUAUCCAGACUCUUCCUGGAAAAGUACAAACCCUGGUGUCUCAUGACUUAUGGAAUGAUAGCCUGCUGGUUUCUAUUAGGAAUCAAGGGCUUGGCGCUGAUUUUGCUGCAUAUAUUUAUUUCAUUUUCUGUGGCCCAAUUCCAAAUGUCAAUCCUGACAUGGCUGUGCUCACUUCUUUUGUUGUCGACUUUGCGCAUACCAGCUUUGGAAGAAGCAAAGAGAGGGUGGUAUGAUACUGAAAAUGAAUAUUACUUGCUUCUCUUCACCCUGACUGUUCGUUGCAUCUACUACACAAGUUUCAGCCUAGAGUACUGCUGGCAUGGGUCUACUCAGAAGUGGUACCACUCAUUCCUCUGGAUGCUGGCCUACAUGUUCUACUAUCCUGUGUUCCAUAAUGGACCCAUUAUGAACUUUGAUGAAUUUAGUAAGCAGAUGAGGAGACAAGAAGCCUGCCGUCUGAAGACUAAUUUUCUCAUUUUAAUCUUGGGCAUGGUUCGCAUUUUCUUUUGGUGGUGGCUGGCAGAGCUGAUGAUUCAUCUUAUGUAUAUGCAUGCCCUCUACAGUAGUUCUCCACAUCUGGAAGCUGUGUCUGACUGGACCUUAGGUGGCCUGGCUUUAGCUCAGGUACUAUUCUUUUAUGUGAAAUACUUGGUUCUCUUUGGUGUUCCUGCACUUAUUAUUCAAAUGGAUGGACUUAAACCUCCUGCCUUACCUCGUUGUGUGAGCACAAUGCACAGUUUCACUGGAAUGUGGAGAAGUUUUGAUGUUGGACUACACAAUUUUCUGAUCAGGUACAUUUACAUCCCAAUGGGAGGAUCCCAGUGUAGUGUUGUUGGGAUGUUAUUCUCCACAGCAAUUACUUUUGCCUUUGUAAGUUAUUGGCACGGAGGCCAUAACUACCUUUGGUACUGGGCGGCACUAAAUUGGCUUGGAGUAACUGCAGAAAAUGGAGUCAAGAGGCUGCUCUCUGUUUCACUUGUUCAAGAUUUAAUUGAUCAUUUCUUUUUACCGAGAAUUUGUCGUCGACUUCAUGCUGUCCUGGCAGCUGUUUCAACUUCAAUGUUGAUUUUAUCCAAUCUAGUGUUCCUUGGCGGAAAUGAAGUUGGGAGGAUCUACUGGGACUGGAUCUUUGUGAAAGGCAAGUUAUUUUUCAAACUUUUCUUUGAGACUACUCGACCAGACCCUCAUCUCAAUACCAAGGUGUAA